UCGCUAACCGAAAGUUUGUGAUCUAGAAGGCAGAAGAUCGCUAUUCGGAACUACGAAAAAGUAUCUCUAACAAGAUUCGACGUCUGCCUGGUCUAUUGUUAAAAAAUAAAGCUAAAAAAACAUGGAACGAUUGCAUCACGUUAAAUUUAUGGAUAUUGUUUUUAUUGGAAUAUUGUUCUGUACGGGAGUCGUAAAAGCAACAGGUCAAGAUGAGAUAACACCAAUAAUAUUUCCAUUGGACGAGACACACAGUGAAUAUAUUAUGAACAAGUUUCGUAAUGAUUGCGAAUGCAUUGAAUAUAAUUGUGAAUGCUGUCAGCAUUUACAGUGGGAUGUAAUCUCUGUGCACGGAAAGUUAUGCGUAAAUGCAAGUUAUUUAGAAAAGGGUUAUGGGUUUUCACUCACAAUAACCUACAACAACUUUGCAAUUAUUAGCAAGACAAUUUCAGUUGGAAACCCGCCACCUAUUUGCCUUGGAGAGGACAUUUCAAGUGAAGUAGAUGUUGAUGUUUGCUUGCGUUUAUAUAAUAUAUACAUUAACAAUAAUAAGUUUCUCGUUUGCUUCGAGAUUUAUGGAGAAAGAAUGAAACUCCUAAUCACUAAAAUAAAAUUGGGUUGUAUCGAUCAGACUAAACAACGUGAUAAGAUAAAGUAUACCGAGAACAAUUCUUCAAAAUUGUUUCUUAAAAAGAUGAAAAAUGAUGAACUACCCAUUGUGAAUAAGGAUUACCACGGACCGGGAAUAGUCAAGGAAAUUGAAAUUUGUCAUAGAAACCGAGAAAAAUCAGAGGAAGAUGUCUGUAUAGAUAUUAAAUAA